CUUCGAUCUCCAUGUCCCACUGGAGCAACGGCUGCAAACGCUCCUGCUAUACACACGCUGUAUGAGCCUCGAACAGGCACGUGGCAAUACGUAGUGUCUGAUCCCUCCACCAUGGCCGCCGUCAUCAUUGAUCCGGUCUUGGACUAUGACACUUUGACGCAAUCAAUCACGACCAACACGGCUGAUUCAAUCUUCUCAUUAAUCAGGGANAAAGGCCUUCGUGUGGAGAAAAUCCUGGAAACGCACGUUCACGCAGAUCACAUGACUGCAGCCUCAUAUCUCCAAAACCGACUCGCUAAGGAACAGGACCCUAGGCCGCUGGUCUGUAUUGGCAAGCGCAUUGUCCAAGUUCAGCAACUGUUUGGCCAAAAGUAUCAAAUCCCGGCAGAGGAAUAUGAGAGCGCAUUCGACAAACUGCUCGAUGAUGAUGAGACUUUCAGCCUCGGGAAACUUACAGUUACGGCUCUUCAUCUUCCGGGCCAUACACCAGACCAUAUGGGUUAUAUGAUUGGAGACAACGUCUUCUGCGGAGACUCAAUCCUAAACCCUGAUUUCGGUACUGCACGCGCUGACUUUCCCGGUGGCGAUGCGACUGAUCUCUUCAACUCUGGUCAUAAGCUCUUGAGCCUGCCAGACCAUGUCAAGAUUGGGACAGGGCAUGACUAUCCCACCGAGGAACGUGAUAUCGCAGUGCCUUUCAGGAGCGUCGGUGACCACAAGAGAGGAAACAAGCAUCUCAAAGACGGGCUUACUGAGAAAGACUUUGUUGCUCUGCGGACCCAGCGCGAUGCAGCAUUGGCAGCGCCGAAGCUGCUUCAUCCUUCCUUACAGAUGAACAUUCGGGCUGGACGACUUCCGAAACGCACAGCGUUGGGAGAACGAAUGUUGCACCUACCGUUGAAUCUUGGAGGAGUAGAGUGG